ACAGUUGCUAGUGUGGCCGUGAUCGAAAGAAGCAAACAUGCUGGAGUUCCUGAAAGCCUGCAUGGCAGGGCUCUGCUUUUGCCCGAAGAAGUACAUUCUGGUCAUGAUGACGUUCUUUGCCAUCUUCAACCAGUACACGAUGCGCAUCUGUCUUCACCUGGCCAUCACGGUGAUGACAGGCGACCGAAACGACACCGUUUCGGGUGUGUCGAUUGCCGACGAGGAUCACUUCGACUGGGAUGAAUACGAGCAGGGCAUUAUACUGUCCGCGUUCUACUGGGGCUACACGGUGUCCCAUUUUGUGAGUGCUUUUGUCGCUGAUCGCUUUUCGAAGCAUCUGCUUGGUUUGAGCGUCCUGAUUACGGCGAUCUUUACCAUUUUGACACCACUCGCGAUCGAUGUUGGUGGAUCGUGGUUGUUGGUUGUGGUGCGUGUCCUGGAGGGCAUCGGAGAAGGUGCUACCUUUCCGGUGCUGAGUGCUCUCGUUGCCCACUGGAUACCGGCAUCGCAGCGGGGCUUCUAUGGAUCGUUUAUCUUUAGUGGAUGUCAAAUUGGAGCGCUUGUAGGUGGAAUCGGUACCGGCUACUUCAUCGAAGCGCACAACACCUGGCGAACGACGUUUUACAUCUGGGGAGCACUGGCGAUAAUCUGGUACAUUUUCUGGCUGUUUAUUGGGUUCGAAAGUCCCGAAACUCACCCAUACAUCAGUGAAGAAGAGCGUUCCGAGUUGGUAGCACAACUAGCCGAAAGUCGCAAAAGUAUGCAUUCGUAUCCGAUUCCUUGGAGCAGUAUCCUUACGUCCUGUCCACUUUGGGGACUGAUAGCGGGCCAAAUUGGGCACGAUUGGGGAACGUAUCUGAUUAUCACCGAUCUGCCGAAGUACAUGAAAAGCAUCCUGCAAAUCUCGGUUAGCGAUAAUGGGCUGGUCACCUACACGCCCUUCUUCAGCAUGUGGCUGUUUUCGAUUCUCGGCGGUUGGCUGUGCGAUAUGCAGAUCAAGAAACAGUGCCUCUCACGCACGAAUGCACGCAAAUUCUGGACCACGAUUGGUUCGAUACUGCCCGCGUUCUUUAUGAUGGCGGCUUCUUACACCGGAAAGGAUAAGGUGCUGGUCAUCACAUACUUCGCUCUGUGCGUUACUUUUCUCGGUGGAUUUUAUCCUGGCGUGAAGGUUAAUACGAACGAUCUGAGUCCGAACUUUGCCGGUGUGUUGAUGGGAAUGGUGAACGGAAUCGGUGCCGUUACGGGCAUCAUUACACCCUAUUUGGCUGGACUUUUAACUCCAAAUCAAACGUUAGAAGAAUGGCGCGUCGUCUUUUGGAUUGCUUUUGCUGUGCUCAACAUUACCAACGUCAUCUUCAUUAUGUUCGCAUCCGGUGACAUUCAGCCCUGGAACUAUCCCCGGCAGCAGCAGCAGCAGCAACAGUCGUAA